AUGGCCGAUCAAAACGGAUCCCGCAUCGCCAUCCGAUUCGGUGCCGCAAGUUCGAACGGCCCCAAGAAUGCACCCAAGAAUGCAUCGCGCCCCACUCCAUCGACCGCCUUGGGGAAGCGGUCACGCAGUGGUUUCGACCAUGAUUCAGACGGCGAUGAUUCUGAAGAAGAACGGCAUGAAACCAUCACUCAUUUCGGCGUGAAUGGCGCUGGAAACGAUGAUGACGACGACGACGACGGACGACCUCGCCAGGACCAAUCCGAAUCCGGUGGACGACGCCGCAGGAGCCAAAGCAGGGACUCAACAGCGAAUUCAAGUCGCCAGGACCCUGCUCAACCGCAUCAGGACCACGUUGAAGAGGAAGAGCCGUUGCAGUACGGGCUUGUUCUAUCGAAAAAGCCCAAGAGAGAUGCAGGGAAGGACGAUGGCGACAAGGACGGGGCAGACAAGACUGCGCAGCCAAAAAAUGCCGACGAGGAGGCCAUCGCGGCGCUGAUGGACUCAGGGGGAAAACGCGCGUUACAUCGAACGGAGGACGAAGCAUACCGGGACGCUACAGCCGACGCGCCCGAGGUGGACGAUGUGGCCACCUACGAUGCAUUUCCUGUGGAAGGCUUUGGUGAGGCGCUACUGAAGGGUCAGGGCUGGGAUGGUCAGAUGCGCGGUCCAAAGGCAAAGGAGAUCAAGAAGCGCCCCAACGGUAUCGGCCUCGGAGCCAAGAAAAUGACAGUAGAAGAGGACCUUGGCGGGUGGGACAGCAGGGGGAAGACGACCGAGAAACGACCGCGGCUUGAUCAGUACCGAAGUGAGAGGGACAAGGAACGCAGCAGACGAGAGGACAAGCAUCGCGACAGUUAUAAGAACGAACGACAUCGUGAACGAGACCGAGACAGGGACCGCCCCAGGGACAGACACCGUGACCGCGACCGUGACCGGGAUCGCGACAGCCACAGACACCGCGACAGAGACUACCGACGUUGA